CUCACAGAGUGUCAGUACUGGGGCUCAGAGUUCCAGCUGCCUACUCUGGAUUUCGAAGAUGUUUUAAAAGACGAUGAGCACGCAUACAGGUGGCUCUCCAGCCUAAAGAAGGUUGGCAUCGUGCGACUCACAGGAGCAGCUGACAAACGAGGAGAAGUUUUAAAACUCGGGAAAAGGAUUGGUUUCCUUUAUCUCACAUUUUAUGGACAUACUUGGCAAGUUCAAGACAAAAUCGAUGCAAACAAUGUGGCUUACACAACUGGGAAGCUAAGCUUUCAUACUGAUUAUCCAGCCCUCCAUCAUCCACCUGGGGUUCAGCUUCUGCACUGCAUAAAGCAAACCGUCACUGGGGGUGAAUCAGAAAUUGUAGAUGGAUUCAACGUAUGCCAAAAGCUCAAGGAAAAAAAUCCUCGAGCAUUCCAGAUUCUGUCCUCCACCUUCGUGGACUUUACAGACAUUGGAGUGGAUUACUGUGAUUUCUCUGUACAAUCCAAACACAAAAUUAUAGAAUUAGACGAUAAAGAUCAAGUGGUUCGUAUCAACUUCAAUAAUGCAACUAGAGACACGAUAUUUGAUGUACCUGUCGAGAGAGUUCAGCCUUUCUAUGCUGCUCUGAAGGAGUUUGUUGACCUCAUGAACUGUAAAGAUUUCAAGUUUACUUUCAAGAUGAAUCCAGGUGAUGUGAUUACCUUUGAUAAUUGGCGCUUACUUCAUGGCCGACGAAGCUAUGAAGCCGGAACUGAGAUAUCCCGCCAUCUAGAAGGGGCUUAUGCUGACUGGGAUGUGGUCAUGUCAAGACUACGUAUCUUAAGGCAGAGUGUCCAGAAUAGAAACUGACUCUCCUGUUGCUAACUUCGGUAAGAUUCCAAUGAGUGUAUUUUAUAAGAUAUGACAAGGUUAUUUGUCUUCACAGACCAUGAGCCAUGUCAGUUAUAUAUUAAUCUCUUUAACAUUGAACAUGUCAUCUUUCUCACAAGAGUUCUCUUUUCUUUGUAAUCAUAUACAACGCUGAUUUUUUAGAUGUUGUAGCCAUGUUCCCUCUUUUCCAAAUAAAGCAUCUCUUCUGUUCAGAUGCAUGUAUGAUCUAAUUUCUUUUGCCUAUCUGUGAGAGUCUCCAGAAUGCCUUCAAAUCUUUUUGUACUAAACCAAAUUCUCUCUUCAAAUAAGGCUUGUUUUGAAUAAAGCUUUGUUUCAAAUAAAGUUUGUAUUUCAAAUAAAACUUGUCUCAAAUAAGA